AUGGAGGAAUACUUACGGAACAAAUAUUUAAAAACUGAUGUAGAAAAAAAGAAAAAAAAAAAUAAAAAAGGAAAAAUAAAAAUCCAUGAUAGUGAUGAUGAAAAUGAAAGAUUUAAUAAAAAGAAUAUAAAAAAUAAUAAUUUAGAUGAAUAUAAUUUUAUUGAAUCAGAUUCAAGUUCAGAUGUACCUAUAACUAUUAUGCAAAAUGAUGGCAUGGAUAUAUUAGAUUUAUCUCGUGAAAAUAAAAAAAAAAUUUUACAAUCUUUAAACAAUGAUAUAUCACCCGAUACUCCUUUUAACGAUGUUGAUAAAAUUCACGAAAAAAAAAAGAAAAAAAAAAAAGAAAAAAAAAAAGAAUGGAGUUUAAAAAGUCUAAUAAAAAAAGGACAUAUUGCUAAACAGGCGAAACAAAGCCAAUACAAUGAUAUUGAUGAAAAAAAUUCUAAUCACAAAUCUAAAAAUACGGAUGUGAGGCAUAUCUCAAAAGCUUCAUUAGAUAGUGAUAAAAAUUAUAACAAAAAUAAUCGAACAAGCUCGGAAGAAACAUACCGAAGGCGAAAACGUAGUAACACCCGGGAUAGCAGUUCCGAUGUUUCACUACCAAGAAGAGGAAAGGAACAAGAUAGUAGUUCCGAUGUUUCACUACCAAGAAGAAGAGGAAAGGAACAAGAUAGUAGUUCAGAUGUUUCACUACCAAGAAGAAAAGGAAAGGAACAAGAUAGUAGUUCAGAUGUUUCACUACCAAGAAGAAAAGGAAAGGAACAAGAUAGUAGUUCAGAUGUUUCACUACCAAGAAGAAAAGGAAAGGAACAAGAUAGUAGUUCAGAUGUUUCACUACCAAGAAGAAAAGGAAAAGAUCGAAGUAGCAGCUCAGACGUUUCACUACCAAGGAAGGAAGUGAAAAGGGCAACUAGUAUGGAUAGCCAACCAGAAGGAAACGAUUCGAAUAAUAAUGAAUAUUCAUCUGACGUAUCAAAUAAAAUAAGCAAUGAAGAAGAAAAUGAAGUAGUAAAAAAUUCUGAUAAAAAUCCUAAUACAAUUUAUAGAGACAAAGAUGGUAAAAUAAUUUCAAGAGAUGAAUGGAUUAAAAAUAUUAAAAAUGAAAAACCAGGAUAUCGACAUGGGGUAGAUAAAAUAAAAGGAAACGAUAAAAAUGAAAGAAAUAAAAGAAAUCGAAAAGGUAAAAAGUAUAAUGAUGAUCAAAAAGUAAAAUUAGAAUGGGGAAGUGGGUUAGUACAAAAAGAAAUGCGAGAAAAAAUAAUGGAGGAAAAUAAAAAAAUAGUAAAUAAAAAGAAUAUAAUAAAUUAUGAUUAUGAUAGUGAUUAUGAUCAAAAAUUAAAACAAGAUAUAAGAAAAGAAGAUCCAAUGAAUAAAUAUUUAGUACAAUCAAAUCAGGAAAACCAAAAAGCAAAAUGCAGGUAUCAAUCUCCAUACAAUAGAUUUAAUAUUUUAGCAGGAUAUAGAUGGGAUGGUGUAAUAAGAGGAAAUGGUUUUGAACAAAAAAGAUACGAAAUGUUAAAAGAAAAAGAGUUGAAAGAUAGAUUAGCAUAUAUAUAA